AGCCCAGAUGGCAAGGCUGUGGCAUCUCAUGCUCCUGUGCUGGGCAUGGAGUCCUCUGUGUCUUCCAUCCAGUGUAAGCUUCCUAGGUACACCGCAGCAGUGUGAAAAGGCUCACUUUGUCCCUGGUUACAAUCUGGGUGGAGAAGGCUUCGACAUCGUCACAAUGGAGCGGAAAGGUGCCUAUGUCAUUGACACUGAAACAUGGAAGCUUGGCAAUGGCACUUGCAGGCUAUACACAAACAGCUACAUGAAUAGAAAGAGCCAGAAGAUCCCAGUUGCCAUGGAGGACUGGAGAACCCUCCCCAAGUGCAGUUUAAAGGUCUCCGGUAUCGAGUAUGAUUCUGUCGAAACUCUUGUCAAUGAUUCUACAUCAUCCGUGUCCAAUGAUUGGAAAAUUGGCCUUGAAAUCCCUGUAGAUCCGUCUGUCAGUCUUGGUGUUGGUUUUGGAGGUUCCCACUCCAAAGAAUCUACCUUUGCCAUGCAAAAGUUGAAACAAGACCACUACACAUUCUUUAGACAUUCUGUCUACUGUAGCUUCUACCGGUGA